AUGAGGUCGUUGCGCACAGUGUCUGUAGUCGGCUGUCAUGCUGAAGGGGAGGUGGGAGAUGUGAUUGUGGGUGGAGUGCUCGAUGCUCCUGGGUGCAAAACAAUGUACGAAAAGAUGAUGUAUUUCUGGACCAAGAAAGACAGUCUCCGACAAAUGCUGCUAAAUGAGCCACGAGGGCGUUCAUCGAUGUGUUGCAAUCUGGUCCUACCACCUUGUGAUCCGCGUGCAGACGCUGGAUUUAUCAUCAUGGAAAGCGAUGAAUAUGCCCCCAUGUCCGGAAGCAACACAAUAUGUACCGCGACCGUCCUCUUGGAAACAGGCAUGAUAACCAUGCAAGAACCAAUCACGAAGUUCAACCUUGACACUGCUGCUGGACUGGUCGGCAUAACGGCCGAAUGCGAGGCAGGAAAGUGCAAGUCUGUGGAAUUCGAUAAUGUGGCUUGCUUCGUCUUUGCCCUCAACGAAGCUAUAGAUGUACCAGGACUGGGAGAGAUAUCUGUGGAUAUUGCUUGGGGCGGCAUGAUGUACGCACUGGUUGACCCAGCCUCGUGCGGGCUGAAGAUUGCCAAUAGCGACGCAGCCAAACUGGUGGAAAUUGGAGAGAGGAUCAAACGAGCGGUACAAAGGCAAUUCGUGCCUGUGCACCCAGAAAAUCCGGAGAUCCAUGGUGUGACCAAUUUCGUAUGGAGCGGUCCCCUCGAGGUCGGGGCUGAUGGAGUCAAGUCGGCCAUCAAUACCGUUGUCGUAUCUCCUGGUCGAUUUGAUCGAUGUCCUUGCGGUACGGGCACCUGCGCACGAAUGGCUGUGCUUCAUGCCAGAGGUCAGCUCAAGGUUGGCGAGACGUUCAAGCACAAGAGCAUCAUCGGGUCAGAAUUCAUCAAUCACAUUAGAGGUACCACCAAGGUCGGCGAGUAUGACGCUAUCCUUCCAACAAUCAAAGGACGGGGUUGGAUCACAAGUUUCAAACAAGUUGUGCUGGAUCCGACCGAUCCAUUUCCGGAAGGCUUCAGGGGCAAUAAAGAGCAGACCAGAGAGGAGAUACAUCAUGAUGCUGCUAUUGACGCUGCUACUGAUGCAGCUAUCGAAGGAUGUGUCAGCUAG